UGUUAGUAUGGCACGUGUUGCUAGAGGACAUGGCGGAGAUGGUGCUGGUGAUCCGCCGGCUCCAUAUUGGAAGCCAGAAUCAGGAUGUCUUGCAAGUGGUAAGAAGUUGCGUUCGUAUGCCAAGAAUUUAGAGGUAGAAAAGCUAAGAAAUGACAAUGGGGCACCGCUAGACAUCGAGUUUGAUAUCAGAACCAAAACGUAUAAUCCGGUUGGACCGAAUGCAAAGUAUUUUGCAUCGUUGCUGGGAACUUUGGCGAGGUCGGUGCCAUUUUACUAUGAUUCAUGGGAGCAAGUCCCUGAGGAGGCUAAGGAACAUGUUUGGCCGUGUCUAGAGGUUGGGUUCGUCUACUAA